AUGAACUCCAACAGACAGUCCAGAGCCAGUCUGCACGCUGGGCAGCUCCCGAAAAGUGUCAAGGUUCGUUCUACUUGUAACGCCUGCCAGCAGGCGAAGAUCCGAUGCAGUCAUGAGAAGCCUGCUUGUCGCCGCUGCCAAAAACACCAGAUGGAGUGCAUCUACAGUGUCUCGCGCAGGCUAGGCCGGCCGGCUAAGAAGAAAGACGCCACGCUGGUGGGGGAGCAGAGCAGUCAUCCAUCUAGCGAGACGAUCAAUCGUGCAGAACCCGAAGAUACAAGUUCUAUCCAUGGGAAGAAGGCGCGCAAGCAGACCAUGAAAAGCAACCCCCGGCCCAGCUCAAAAGACAAAUCCCGAGCCUAUCAUACCUCCCUGGAUCUCGAUUCCCCGGAGGAUUGGUUUCAAACUCUUUUCUCCGGCCGGGUGGGCGGAGCCCCGGUCAAUUCUAUACUUGAGCCUGUGACAACCUACGGCAUGGAACCAGAUGACUCUUUCCAUCGACAGUCAGACUACACAGGGUAUUUGAGCCAAUUUACGCUACACCCACAGCAGAAUGCCUCCCCAGACUCCCUCUCCGGCGGGCUUGAGGCGACGAUGUUUCAAGCUUACUCCGAUGGAGAUCCAAACGGGAUUGGCAGCCUCCUCGGCAGAGAACAAGUCAUGCAGCCAGCUCUCUUGGAGAAUGACAUAUUCCCAUGGAUUUAUGAUUCCAUGUCCUCUAGCGACCUGCAACAAGCACCGGCUCUCCAAGCUCCCCAAGCUCCCCCCAGGAUUCCAUAUCGGGACCCGGUGCUCUUAGACCCACCCAUGAAUCAAUAUAACAACUACCCCAUGCAGCCAAGCUUUUUUGACUCUGCAAUGUCAGACUCUGACCAGGCGCUCUCAUCUGUGAUCUAUAUCCGAAGCAAGGUUAUCCUUGGCAAGAUCGAGCUGGACGACGAUUGA